AUGUGGAAAGAAUACUAUGAUAAGUUUAAGGUCGAUUUUUUCGCGCUCCAAUAUUUACCGCAGGAGUUUGCAGAAUAUGUGCCAUUAGAGGCGACUGAUUAUUCGGUUUAUUCCGACUGUUUUCGGUCAUUCUCAACGCUAGUCUUUGGCAACGAAGAAAGACAUAAUGAGUUGCGAGUGCGUUGUGUCGUGGAGAUGACCUUAUUUAAGGAGUUUUACUUGUCUGAAGAGAUUGUACAACGAGUCGUAAAGCAGAUUAGCAUAGCGGAUGGAGAAAGGUCAAUGUUGUCAGAACAAGCGAUGGACAUGGUUUUCCAAAACGAAGUUAUUGCGACUUGUAAGCUGCGAUCACAGCCGUCUGAUUGGCACAUACUUGCACUGGGAUCAGUCAUUCAGAGAAGCAUCAUGAGUGUUUAUCCUGAAACAACUCCAGAGGUGACUAAAAUUUAUUUUUUUAGUCGUUUUAUAUUAAUUGAAUAUACAGUAUAUACAUUAUUUUCAAGAAUAUUGUUACAAAAUAUUGCUGUGUAUGCCAUUGGGCAAGUGACACCUAACAUAAAAUCCAACUGCCAUGAAUACCACCCUUGGCAAAGUGAUACAAUAUGAGAUGACCAGUUUUAUAGUUUUAGAUAAUUUGUAAUAUCAGCAGUCCUGUUUUGAAUGGGAAUUACAUUAGCAUAGACUAUUUGAAAACAAGUGGUAAGAAUCCAGAAAUCCACACAUUUAUAGCCUCAGUAUGUACACUUUAUUUACCCAUUGACUGGCAAUGUGCACAAAUGCACCGGCCUUUAUGCAUGAGUCAAUGUAAACCCUGCCCCCCCCCCAGGUGGAUAUUUGACUUUGUUCUAAUAUUUGCAAAUGUUCCACAUCCUGGGGAGUGGGGACUAUCAAAGGCUCCAAAUGUCAAAUAAUUAUGUAUGGAUUGCAAUGAACUACUAUAAAUUGUAUUUGAAAAAAAAGCUUUGUCAGAAGCACACAAAGCAAAGAUAAUACUCACUAGAUGAUAAAACACCACUUGAAAUGAACAGCUGAAAUUGACAACUGGCUCAUUACUAAUCCAUACCCAAUCCCCUGGGGAUAAAUAAAUUCUAAAAGCUUCAAAUCCCCCACCCUCUUGCGUGUGUAUUUGCAAUUAAAUUAUAAUAUUUUCAAGAGCCAUUACGUCCAUUACAGUGGAACCCUGUGUAUGGCCAUCUCGUUAAUAUGGUCACCUCAAUAUUUUUUGUCCUAUAUUCAGAUUCGUCAUUUGUAUCAUGGUAUUCGUAAGCCAAGAGUAUGCAAGGAUAAUGCACCACCCAAGUUUUUUUUCUGGGCAAAAUGUGGUAAAGUUACCUUUCAGGAUUUG